CCCCCAACAAGUCGUUGCCCAACACGUGAUAUCACACCCAGUUUGGCAUCUCUACUCGGUGCACGGCCCAAAACCUUGGUGCCAGCUCCAAGCUCACACCCUCGAUAAGGCACCUCCAACCAACCUAUCCCCAACUUCACAGCCCCAUUCGGCGCUCCUCUCCAUACCAAUAACAACCACCCCAACAACCCUCACCAUGUCUCUCGACCCCCCAACCUACCUCUCCUCCCUGCGCAACAACAUCCGCGCCCGCCCCAUCCCGUGGGACGGCGCGGUGCGCGCUGGGACCAUUACGGAGGAACAGCUGGGCCGGAUUCGCGCGGUGGAUAAGGUGAGGAAGGAGCAGAGGAAGAGGACGGUGGAGGAGAAGGUUGAUGCUUAUAGGAACUUGUUCUUGGGCGGGGAGGGGGAGGGGGAGAGGAGUAUACUGGAGAAGGCGGCGAGGAGGGCGGAUGUGGUGCAGUAUGUUUUGGUGCUGUUGGGGGAUUUGCUUGAGGGCAGCCAGACGCUGGUAGAUGGACUUGUCGAGCAUGAGAAUACAUAUGCGCCAUUCUUGCCGCUUUUGGCACAGGCUACGAGCCCCGAAGAGGCUAUCCCCCUCUUAACCUCAACGGCACUCACGACCCUCCUAGCCAGGGAAUCGACUACAAACCCCAAGGGCAGGCCAGCGAGCGACCAAGCGCUGCCCAUCUUAUACAAAUACCUGAGUACUCUCGCCAAGAGCUCGGAUAGCGGACUCCAGGAUAUCGCAGUGAUGGGGUACUCGUUGCUCCUCCGGAGCAGGCGGUCGAGAGAGCUGUUUUGGGAGCACAGAGAUGUGACUGUGCUGCCGCUCAUUUCGAUCUUGAGGACUGCGGCGGGGGUGUCAGCGAGUGAAGAGAGUGCGGCGUCGUUGUGGAGUAGUGCGACGUCGAGGACUGCGGCGGAGGGGUUUAUAAAUGGUGGGAUUGAUUUGCAGUUGCUUUAUCAUGUGCUCUUGGUCAUGUGGCAAUUGAGCUUCGAGGGCGCUGUUAUUGGAGAUGGGCUUGAGGAUGAGUACGAUGUUAUCCCGCUUUUCACACAGCUACUACGGUUAUCGCCCAAGGAGAAAACGACACGUCUGUUAGUUUCGACGCUUUAUAACCUGAUAUCUGGGAACCCGAAAUCCCUCCUUCCUGCGGCGGCACUUGUACGACUACCCGCGCUUCUUCAAAACGUAACCGGACGCCAUCUUACCGAUCCGGACCUGAUUGAGGACCUGACAGCCCUAUCUGAGCUGCUCGAGGAGCACACCAAGACCCAGACGACCUUUGAUCAGUACGCAGCAGAGGUGGAUUCCGGCCACUUACGCUGGUCGCCGCCGCACAGGAACACGGCCUUCUGGGCCGAAAAUGCACGGAGGAUUUUGGAGCACGACAACGGCCACCUGCCGAAGAAGCUGGCUGAGAUUAUUGCCAAGCCUUGGGAUAAUGACAAGCAGGUCCUUGCUAUUGUGUGUAACGAUAUUGGGUGCUUGGUCAAGGAGGUGCCGGAGAAGAGGCAGCAGCUGGAGAGGCUGGGGUUGAAAACGAGGAUUAUGGAGCUGAUGGCUGCGCCGGAUGAGAGCGUAAGAUGGGAAAGUUUGAGGGCUGUUGGGGAGUGGCUGAGAUAUAGCUUCGAAACGAAGUAGACUGUCGUAUUUCAAGAUGGUAGGGGAAUAUGUGACGAGCAGUUGGUGCUAGAGACCGUGUACCAUCAUAGUUCGUGGUUUUGGUGGGGGUUUGCAUAGAGGUGAUACAGAGCCAUUGUGAAGCUUUCCGAUUUUAUUACAGAUUCCACGCGGUAUAGCAUUCAUAUUAUUCACUUGACAGGAAUUGAAUGCAAAUGGAGUUUAUGCUAUCUGACGUCUUUCCGAAUCCAUUUAUUCUUGAUUGUAGCCCAGCCCAGUCCAGAGCCCAGCAUUUUAUGUGGACUCGGACUUCGCCCACCACCUUAUCCGGACUUGAGCUCCCGAUAACAAACACCCCAUAUAAAAGGUUGCUGUCCCCGAC